CACUCUGCGCCACUCUUGAGGCGUUGGCGAGGGCCGGUGAGGCGGCGCCCCGCGCGGCGCGUUAGUGAGUUGAGCAUGCCCAUGUCAAUCUCCUCGUCCUCGGAGCGGCUCGGUGGCCGCACCUUCAUCACCGCUGGGCUCCGCUCCGAGGCCGAGUCGGCGCCGCCCUACGAGAAGCUGCUUGCGACGAGCCCGCAGCUGCCCAGGGAGGAUCAGUCGCGAGCGGAGCCGGUGCGUGGCGCCGCCGACGGCCGUGGCCGCUUCCGCUACGGCUGGCUGCUCUGGCUCGCCAUCGCGUCGGCCGCCUGCCUGCCACCGAUCGGCGUCUCGAACCUGCAGGCCAUCUGCGUCGGCGGCCUCUUUGUGGUCGCAUGGAUGGCGUACAACAUCUCUCUCAAGAGCCUGGUCUGCUCGUGCAUCUACCUGGCGCUCGAGGUCUUCUUCCGCGAGAUCGGGUCGCGCAACACCUACAAGGUGCCGCCCGAGGGCUCGCCCGUCCUCUUUGUCUGCGCGCCGCACGCCAACCAGUUCCUCGACCCGUUUGUGGUGAUGAUGGCGCUGGGCCGGCAGGACAUCCACUUCCUGACGGCGGCCGCGUCGAUGCGCAAGUGGUACGUCCGCUUCGUUGGCGAGACGUUCGGCGCAAUCCCGGUCGAGCGGCCGCAGGACGCGCGCCGGCCGGGCAGCGGCGAGGUGCGCCUCUCGCCCGAGGACGGCCGCACGUUGCUCGGCAGCGGGACGCGCUUCCGCUCGGAGCUGCAGCCGCGCGACCAGGUGGCGUGGGGCGGCCGGCGGGGCGUCGUCGCAGAGGUGCUUGCCGACGAUGCCCUGCGCCUCGCAGCGCCGCCGCGCCGCGGGGAAUGCGGCGGUGGGGGAAGCGGCGGGAGCGGCGGGAGCGGCGGCGGCGGGAGCGGUGGCGGAGGCGGAGGCGGAGGCGGAGGCGGGAGCGGAGGCGCAGGCGGGAGCGGAGGCGGUGGCGGGAGCGGGAGCGGCGGAGGGAGCGGCGGCGGCGAGGAGGCGGGCGCGGAGGGCGACGACCCCCCCCUCCCCUUUGUCAUCACGCCGCACCUCGACCAGAGUGCGAUGUUUGGCGCCGUGCAUGCGGCGCUCGCCGCCGGCCAGUCGGUCGGCAUCUUCCCCGAGGGGGGAUCACACGACCGCGCCUCGCUCCUGCCGCUCAAGGCGAGCAUCGAGACGGCGGCGGGCAUCGCGAUGAUGGCUCUCGGAGCGGUCGCCAAGCACCCGCACUUGCGGCUCAAGCUGGUGCCCGUGGGGCUGCACUACUUCUCGGGGCGCGCGCCCCUAGUCGCUGAACCCAGAUCCUGGCACAAGUUCCGCUCGCGCGUGUUCCUCGACAUUGGCGAGCCGCUCGACGUGCCGCCCUCGCUGCUGCAGCGAUACUACGAGGGCGGGGAGGCGCAGAAGGGCGCGACCGCCGCGCUGCUCUCCGUCGUCGAGACGGCCCUCGCGGCUGUCACCGUCUCGGCGCCCGACUACGAGACGCUCGAGUUCUUCUGGACGUUGCGCAGGCUGAUCAAGACCGGGACGGGGCCGAUGUCGCUCUCUCAGCAGGUCAACUUCGCGCGACUCUUCGCCGCGGCGCACACCCGCGCGGUCGCCGAGGCGGAGCCGCCGACCGACGACGACGCAGGCUCGCCCGAGGCGCCCCCGCGAGGCGACGUGUCGGAGGGCGGCGGCGGCCGCCUCUCGCUCGGCACCCUCACGCGGCUCAAGGCGAUGGCCGCCGAGUACAACUCGACGCUAAAGAGCUUCGGGCUGCGCGACUACCAGGUCGUGUCGGUGAUGGCGCACAUGGGCCGCGGCCGCGCCGCCUCACUGCUCGCGCUGCGCGCGCUGCUGCUGGUGGUGUACGCCGUCUGCCUCGCGCCGGCGUCGGUGCUCGGGCUGCCGCUCCUGCUUGCGCGCGGCGUCGCCUCGCUCAAGGCGCGGCAGGCGGUCGCAAAGUCGAGCGUCAAGCUCAAGGGCACCGACGUCGUCGCCACGUGGAAGCUGCUCGUCGCCCUCGUCCUUGUGCCUCUGAUGUGGUGCGGCUACACCGCCGCGGCCUGCAUCCUCGGCGAGGCGCUGCCGCCUCCGUGGAGCGACGAGGUCUGCCUGCUCGCCUUCUUCUUCCUGCCCUUCCUCGCGUACGGCGCCGUGCUGGCCGGCGACCGGCUCCUGGGCGUCGCGCGCUCGCUGCCGCCGCUGCUCGCGGUGGUGCUCUACCCCGACUACCGCUGGCAGAUUGUCGACCAGAGGCGCGCGCUGCUUGAGGCGAUGCAGGCGCUCGUGGACGAGCACGGCUGGCUCGACGAGGAGCGGGGCGCCCCGUCACCGGUCGCCUCGCCGCUGCAGUCGCCGCAGACGCCGCCGCUGAGGUCGGGGUGA